GUGCAGUGGCAUGCACCGUAGCCAAUAAAACCUCGAGGAGUGGUUUGAGCGAUGGCAUAACAACCAAUAGUUUUACUGUGACAGUUCGAGUGACAAACGCUGUAGCUGUAGUGGGGGAAGGGGUCGCUGAAGUUGACGAAGCCGCCAUCUUGAAAAGUGCCCUCUGAUGAUCUCCCUUUUCGCGCCUGUCAGAAUCAGUUUUAAACGCUUUAUUUUCCUCACUGGAAUUUGUUAGCACCUAUCUGUUCGUUGUAUUAAGGCCUUGGACUAAUGGCAAGAUAAGCUACAUGCUGGAGACUCGCCGUUUACCGUUGUCUAUCGGCGUGUGCUGUUGAACUGCUGUAUGUGUGCUGUUUAUCAGUGUCAUUUGCUGCUGUAGCCUGGAAUGGGCCACAACUCCCAAAGACUAGACCACACCUCUUUAUAACCUGAGCUCUGCCGUUUGGACUCCAACAUAUACACAGAGCCAACAUGUUUUGGAAAUUUGACCUCCACACCACAUCCCACAUUGACACGCUGUUGGAGAAGGAGGAUGUGACGUUGACGGAGGUGAUGGAUGAGGACGAUGUCCUACAGGAGUGCAAGGCCCAGAACCACAAACUGGUUGACUUUCUACUGAGACCACAGUGCAUGGAGGACCUAGUCACAUUCAUCACACAGGAACCAAGUACUGAUGUUGAGGAGAAGGUUAAAUACAAGUAUCCCAAUAUAUCAUGUGAGCUUCUUACGUCUGAUGUGAGCCAGAUCAACGAUAGACUGGGAGAAGAUGAGAAACUGCUGAUGAAACUGUAUGGCUUCCUCCAGAAUGAGCCACCUCUCAACCCGCUCUUAGCAAGCUUUUUUUCCAAGGUUCUGUCCAUUCUUAUAGGACGCAAGCCUGAACAGAUAGUGGAUUUUCUGCGGAAGCGGGAGGACUUUGUUGACUUGAUGAUCAAACACAUUGGGACAUCUGCCAUCAUGGAUCUGCUUCUCAGAAUGCUCACCUGCAUUGAACCUCAACAGCUACGACAGGAUGUUCUUAAUUGGCUGAAUGAGGAAAAGGUGAUUCAGAGACUCGUGGACAUGGUACAGCCUUCUCAAGAUGAGGAUAGACACUCCAACGCAUCCCAGUCGCUUUGUGAGAUCAUCAGACUGAGCAGAGACCAGAUGUUCCAGGUCCAGGGCUGCUCGGAGCCUGACCCACUUUUGGCCACACUGGAAAAGCAGGAGACAGUGGAGCAGCUGCUGUCCAAUAUUUUUGACAAGGAGAAGAAUGAAUCUGCAAUUGUCAGUGUUAUCCAGAUUCUUCUCACGUUGUUUGAGACGAGGAGACCAGCGUUUGAAGGUCAUAUGGAAUGCCCUCCUGGGAUGUCCCACCCUUCAUUUUCAGUCAACCACAGCAUCCUGGAGGCUGUGAGACCCCGACUCAAAGACUUUCACCAGCUGCUAUUGGAUCCCCCAAAGAGGAAUGUGAUGAAGACAACGUGGGGGGUGCUGGACCCUCCUGUGGGCAAUACCAGGCUUAAUGUGGUCAGGCUGGUGGCCAGCCUGUUGCAGAGCAACACACACAGCAUCAACACAGAACUUAUUAACCUCAACACACUGGGAGUCAUCCUAGAUAUGUAUUUCAAAUACAUCUGGAACAACUUCCUCCACAUCCAAGUGGAGAUCUGCACAGCCAUGAUUUUGGCUAUGCCCCCUGCCCCCACCGACAUUCAGCCAGACACGGAGCAAGAGUAUGCAAGGGAGAGCAUCCUUAUCAAACAUCUGUUUCAAAAGUGCCAGUUUAUACAGAGAAUCGUAGAGGCCUGGAGCUCCAAUGAGAAAGAACAGGCAGAAGGUGGCCGGCGAAGAGGCUAUAUGGGGCACCUCACCCGAAUAGCCAACUCUAUAGUUCAUAACUGUGACAAAGGCCCUAAUGGACCGCAAAUACAACAGCUCAUCUCUGAGCUCCCAGCAGAGGACAGAGAGAAAUGGGAAGCCUUUAUUUCUUGCCAGCUGGCUGACACAAACAAGAGAAACACGGUCGAUCUGGUAAAUACACACCACAUCCAUUCUUCCAGUGAUGAUGAGGUGGACUUUAAAGACAGUGGCUUUCACCAGGACUCCUCUCUACAACAAGCCUUUUCUGAUUAUCAGAUGCAACAAAUGACGUCCAAUUUUAUUGAGCAGUUCGGCUUCAAUGAUGAAGAGUUUGCUGAUCAGGACGAUGUUGUGGAUAUUCCCUUUGAUAGAAUAUCAGACAUCAAUUUUUCACUGAAUACAAAUGAAAGUGCGAAUAUAGCGUUGUUUGAGGCACGUUGUAAGGAGAAAAUCCAGCAGUUUGAAGAUGCUGGUUCAGAUGAGGAGGAUAUCUGGGAUGAAAAAGAUGUCACCUUUGCACCGGAGGCACAGAGACGCCCCAGGAGCUCGGGCAGCACAGACAGUGAAGAAAGCACAGACUCAGAAGAGGAGGAUGUGAAGAGAGAUCCAUUUGAGGCUUCAAACCCCAGCACAGAUGACAGGAUGGAAGUUGACACAGGGCCAGUGUGGACAGCCAACUUUGAUGACAUUCCCAUGGACACAGGUACAUCCACAGCUCCAGCCUCCAGCACCAAUCCUGCUGCCUCCUCUCCCUUGUCCUCCUCCUCCUCUACUGCAGAAGUCCUCCCUGAGGCAGGAUGGAGCUCAUCUCCGGCUGCCAACUCAAACUCUGAAACCGGCUGGGCUGAUUUCUCCAAUUUCACCCCUGUUAGCCCCAAAGACCCUCUGAGGUGCAAUUCUCCUGUUGCUAUGGAAACCAGCAUAGAGACAAUGGACCCUCUUGGGGUCAACGCACCCAUGCAGCCUGAAGACUGCGAUGGCUGGUUGGGCAGCGCUUCUCCCUCGUCCACCUCUACUAAGAAUUGUGCAAGAUCUAAACUGGAGGAGGAAUCAGCCUGUUGUGAGCAGCGAAGCAUCACGGAGACAGUCAUCAAUGGCUCCAUGAAAGAAACUGUCAGCCUCACUGUCGACGCCAAGACUGAGACCGCCGUUUUCAAGAGUGAUGAAGACAAGAGUGCUACUUCAGAGAAAUACUCAGUAGGGGAGUGUGUGGAUUCGGAGAGAACAGGCUUCAACAGCUCAGUGGCAGCCUGCUGUCCCAAAACGGGCAGUGAAAAGUGUCAUCCCACUGUGGAGCUUCCCAAUGGUCCUCUAGAGGAAAUGUCAGCCAUAGAGGAGGCCAAACUGGACCAGAUUGCCGUGUCCUCAGAGCCAGCUGUCAAUGGGCCGGCAUGAGGGUCUCCUAUUCCAGCCAAUGGCCAACCUGUUCUGCCAUGCAGGGCCCUACUCCUGGCCAGCCAGGCGAGACCACUGCUCAGAGCCCGAACUUUCACACGCCCCCACCAGGACCAGCAAUACACCCAUCGGCUCAUCACUGACAGACAGACAGGUGUAAAGACACAGGAUGAGCUGAAAAGCAAAAUGAGACAUACUCAAAUGUAUACAGAAGAAUUUUUUCAACAUUUGUUUAUAUACUAUUGUUCUUAUGAGGUGAUGUGCGACUGAUAUCUUGCCACUCAAAAUGAAAUAGUAAUGUUGCUAUAGCUAAAGAAAUGAUUGUAUGAAUAAAAUAUUUUAUAAAAAGAAAAAUGUAUACAGAAACAUAAGAUGAAUUACUGCAGGAAUGAUUGCUGAUUGGUGAACCAGCCAACCACUGAGCUGUUGUUAAAUGCUGGAUCUGUUCUUCUGCAGUUCAACACAACAGUUGCUAUAUUUAAAAUUCUUACCCACCAUUGAUCUGUUUCUGAGCGAAGCUGCUCUUACGAAUGGAAAACACAUUUGGAAAACCACACUUAAGGUUUAUUUUGCUGCAGGUAUUAUUUGUAAAUGUUUUUCCCUUGUAUUCAUCUGCAUUGAUUAAGAUUUGACAGGGGUAAGCGGCUGAGGGGAUCAUGCCUGCCUGCAGCUAAUCUUGACGACUACUGGACCCAUCAGCCUAAAAUGUUUGUGCACGUUUCUGACUGUAUGGACCUCUUUUGGGUGCGGUGAUUCAUAUUUUUGAAAUAUCUUUUUUUAUUGACUGUUCUGUUUUAUACCUCACACCUCUUAGCGGCCACUAGGGGCCACAAGUGAUCAUCAACCUGUUAGAUGCACCUGGUGGUGGGCCGCACUAUACUGAGUGUGCUCCUCUAGUCUAGCUUUUUUAUUUAUUCUAUAAGACGAUGUUUAAGUUUUGUCAUUGUCUCCCUUUAGAGGAGGCUGCAUUUCUGUUAACUGGGGUCCUACCUCGCAGCGAGGAGGCUAAACAGUAAGGAUACAGUGGUCAUCACCACAGCCUUUAAUGGGAGCUGUAAAUGCAUUCUGAGCAUGUGUUUUAAGUUCCAACUAAACUUCAGUAGAAGCACAGUACUCUUGUUCUGGCCAAAACUGCUUUUUAGACCAGUGGUUCUCAACUUAAGGGUUUCAUAUUUACAUUUUGGAAAUUCCAUCGCAGGUUGAAGAUGCAUCUGUUGUAGAGGGUGUGCAGAACUGUGAUUUUAAGUUGCUACAGCUUUGUCGAGACCUUAGGACAGUGAAAGGGCUGGUUAAGGCAAUCAACAUGGAGCAACACGAAAUUAUAAGAAAUACCUUUUGCAUGUGAGUUAUGUUGUGCAACAUUAACCAGGACCCAGCCUCGGAGAGCCAGGUGCGACUCAGUCACAUUAUAAGAAUUUAUUUCAGAAGAGAAGUAGUUAAAUAGUAAAUGUGGACAGUCAGGGUAUCAGCUGCUUCCAGCCACAAAUGUUUGUUCAUAUACUGCAUGCAGACUGACAACAACAAUGCGUUAAAAAAAACAAAAAACAGCAGCUUCCUUUUCCAGACAGUGUUGGGAAAUGGGGGUGGGUGAUAACACAGAGGCACAAUUCUGUGCAAGCACACAGUCCUGGUAGAUUACUUUACAAGGUAAACGGUGAAAUUCUACUGUCUAUAAAAUCUUCAUCAACAUCCUCAUACUCUGCUCUCGUCUGAUAAGCCACCCCCAAAUGUUGACUCAUGCCUUCCUCCUAUAUUUCAUCUUCUCAACAGUAACCAAAGAAACAAACCUGACCUUGUGUUUUGCAGUGAUGUUUAUUGCAGGCAAUUGGAUUUGAGUAAAGCAUCCAUGAGUUAGCAACGUGUUUACUGCUGUUGUCAGUCUGAGUGCACCCUUGUUCCACCCCCCCCCCCCCCCCUUUUCCUCCAUUGAUUCACUACCUCUGCUUAAAAACCACUCCUUCAUGGGUUGUUCGGUUGACUUGGAAAUUCAAACAUCAUCUCAACCCAACUUCAAACUUACCCAGGCUAUGUUUAGACAUAUUAUUCUGUGUAAAAAAAAGAACGAAAAAAAAGGGCCUUUUAGCUUUGGUGUGAUCGUCACUAAUUCCUGCCUGGCCCUUGAACUCCCAGAUGCUUACAUUCCUUUCCUAACAUUACAGAUAAACUGUUGUCUGGGGCCCAUUGAGAGCCUACUGAGGAAAAGUGAUAUUGCCUCAUUUCAAUUGGCACCACAUCUAUUGCAGCAUUUCUGCUGAAAAUUUGUCCACAUUAGGUUAACUUCGGCACUGAACCCCUAGUUACCGAUAGAUCUACCUGCGACUUGGAUUUAAAUGGUUUAUAUAUACUGUAUUUUGCAAAAUCAAACUCUUCGGCAGUCUUCUGUCUCCCUGCUUCUUUCCACCAAACGUUGUCCUUUCCCCUAACCAAAUGUGACAGCUUUUAUUAAUCUUGGCAAGACAUGAUUUACUGGUUGGGGUUUGGUCCCAAAGAAAAUUGUUUUGUAACUCAGACUUGUCAGCCCCAGAAUUGGAAAGGGAAGAAGGUAUUGACAGACAACAGUACAACUUAACACCACUUACGUCAGAUUUAUUAAUUAAAUCUGAUCAAAGUUUCUGAAGCAAAGUGGUCUUUGCAGAUGGAUUAUUAGGCUUGUCUUUCAUGACUGGGGUUCUAUCAGGACUGGUGCACAAUCGCCCUAGGGGUAGAAUGUUUUUUAGUUUUGUUUUAGACUGGGAAAAUCAGGCAAUCCUAAAUCUUUAAACAUUUAUUUUGUCAGAUUAAAUAUUUCUGUGGAAUCUGAA